GUUUGAAGUAUGAUAGGCGCAUUUAGUAAAGCGUGCGUUUCAUCAUGCUCGUGAUGUGUUAGUCAAGGGUUGAACCCAUAGUAUAUUAUGAUCUAAUGAGGAUUUGGCAAUACUGUAUGUUGUUAUGUCAACCAAUCAACUUUCAAUUAGUUGAAAAACGUGCUGAAAAAUCUUAUAAAUCAAACCGAUAUUAGUCAUAUAAAAUUCAAGCAGACCAUCCUUUAUACCUGUCAAAUACUGAAGUCUUCUGUCCUUUUUUCAAAGUCAUAUGGUUUAUCGCUCUAACAAUCAUUUCAGUAUAUUAACGAGCACUUUAAGCUGCGCAAAAGCUCACUGUUUAAUAUUAGUAUUAUUUCUCCUGACCUGUUUUAAACAUCUAUUCGAAUCCAGUCUAUUUCUAGUGUAGUUGUCCAAUGACAUGUUUGUAAUUUGAUUGAGGCAAAUGAUUUACCAAUUUUAAUAGUUGGUCAUCAGUAAAUUUUAAAUUAGUCACUGCUUAAUUUUUUCUGCAAUAAAUUCUUAAUGUAUACUCUGAUUGUAUUAUUUUAUUUAUAUUUACUUGAAGGUAUACCAUAUGGUGUUCAGUCACGAUUUCUACCUCUUAUAUUUCGCAAUAAAGGUCUCUCACUUACUUCAUUAGGUCUACAUAAACUUCUUCAUAUUCCUUGGCUACUUAAAAGCUUUUAUGCUCCGGUAAUUGAGAGACAUGUGAACAAAAGAGUGUGGUUAUUUAUCACUUUCAGUGGUUUGUUUUUUUGCACAGUCUUAUUAUUUCACGAAUGUAAACAAUUGGUCAGUGGAAACAAUUAUUUCAUGUUCACUAUUUCUUCUUGCCUUUUUAUGUAUAAUUUUUGGGCAGCUUCACAAGACAUUACUGUUGAUUCACUGACCUUGUCCACCUUAACAUCAAGUCAAAUCUCUUUAGGGAAUACUAUACAAGUUGUUGGCUACAAAUGUGGAGCUAUUAUUGGCGGUGGAUUUCUUGCUUGGUUGUCAGCUUUUGUAGAAAUCAGUUAUCUUUUCAUAUCACUUAGUUGCUUAUAUGCUAGUGGGAUGUGCUUUUGUUUGAUCGGAAAGUAUUGGAAAUUUUGUAAUGUAAAACAAACGUAUAUUCAAGUACAUGAGAAUGAGAAUUCAGACGAUGAACAAAAUUUAACUAUUGUGUCAAAACAAUAUUCGUACACAAAAGCCUUUAAAAUUGCCCUGGGUCAUUCGGGUGGUUCACGUUGUCUUAUUGUUCUUCUACUGAUUUAUAAACUUGGAGAGCAAGGAUCUAUGAAUAUGCUACCUUUGAUGCUUUUAGAUAGAGGAUUUUCUCUAUCUAAAGUUGGAUUUUGGACAGGUGUUGUUGGACAGUUGGCAUCUAUAAUUGGGUCUACAUCUGGAUACUAUAUCCAGAAAAAGCUCAGAUCUCCACUAACUUCAGUUCUAAGCCUGAUGAUAAUUCGGGCUUGUUUACAAUUCCCUCUAACAAUGAUUGCUUUCAAAUCUAUUUGGAUAAGUGCACCUAACGUUUCUUUCUGGAUAGGUUGUUCAUUAAUGAAUAUUUUACUAGUUGUGAGUGGAGGGAUUACAACAAUUAUGUUCACGUUGAUGAUGCAUUGUACAUGUUCUGAAUCAUCUAAAGCCUAUCAAGCAACUCAUUAUUCUAUAUUAAGUACAGCAGAAUUAUUGGGAAAACUUUUAUUUGGUACAAUAGCCGCAUAUUUUACAGAUGUAUUCGGAUAUGGAGUUGCUAUUUGUGUUUUUUAAUUUUAUCUUUACUUCCAAUUCUAUAUGUUUACAAAUGUUCUGGGAAAUUUCGAUUUUUUCCCUAAAUGAUUAUUUAACUAGCUUGAACCAGAUUACCAGGCGUAACGUUGGAUCUACUUCAAAUUCUUUCACUGAAAUUUUACAAAUACAACAUUCUUCCUCUUUAAUGUCAUUAAUCUAUUUUAUAAUCUAUGCGAUAUAUGUAUUCGUUUGUACUUGGUUGUUGAUUUCUCAUUAAUAAAGUAUAAGUUUAAGCG